AUGGCCGUCCACCAGCAGGCGCCUGCUCGGACCAAAGAGCCGUCCUGCUGCAGCAUCUGCGGGGCGAGGUCUCACACCGACUACUUCUGCGGCUACAACUACAUGGACGGGGGCUUCAGCACUCGCGCCUGCAGAGAGCAGUGCAGCCCGGGGCGGCACGCGGCUCCCGAGACCGAGAGCUCCCUGCGGCGCUUCGUGCGUGUGACCAACGUGCCGUCGAGCCUCAGCGAGUGGGACCUCCGCUGGCUCUUCCGGCGGUUCGGGCCGCUGCGGGAGUGCGUCAUCUCGAGGAAAGGGCCUGAGGGCGGCGCGGGCUUUGGCUUCGUCACGUUCGAGCGCCGUGGGGACGCGGAGGAGGCUGUCGACGGGCUCAACGGCCAUCGCGUCGGCGACCGUAGGCUGCGAGUCGACUGGGCGUACCCUCGUGCGUCAAACAAAUAA